UCGUUCAGCUACUGAACCCCACGAACACCAACCCUUGUUGACGAGUGAUCUACAUUGUAUGUAGCUGACCUUAAGCGUUACUCAAAUUACACGUAAAUGCACAUGGGCUUGCACUAUUGGCUGCAUGAUAGCGAUGUCAUAUUGGUUGCUCUCGAACAGCAGUGUGCUUCUGUAACUGUAACCUUGAUGAAUGAAGAGAAGGGAACCUCGUAGUAGUAGGGACUGAACCCACACGGUGCGGCGGUAGUAAAUGUAUUAUGCACAACCAACCCGGCCAGUGUGCAUAAAACAUAAAGAAACGAUCCGUUCACGGUACACCACACCCUAACGUUUUCGUUACACGCGGAAGUUGGUCUGAAUGCCGAUGUGGCAUGCCCAGUGUGAGCUGACCUUUCUCGUACGGACAUUACUUUACUUUUGUUUCAGUCAGCACUAGAAACCGACUAUGUACCACUCUGCUAUCAACUGUGACAGUAAUGCUGGAAACUUUGUCAGCAAGCCAUUUUUGUCCCACAACAUGGCCGGCGACCUGCUCGGGAGAUUGUACGGGAUAGAGGCGAAGAGACUCCGUGAACUGCCGAGCUACUACGACCAAAACUUUUACGUGAGAGUCCUAGGAGAAGACGGCAGAGGGGGAAAGGAUUGUGGCAAGUUUGUUCUGAAGGUAAUCAACGGGGAUGAGUCGGAGCAGCAAGCAGGGUGCUACCAGGAGAUCGUCCGUGUACUCUGCUCUCUGCAGGGAGAGGAUGGGGUCGCGUACCCGAUGCCUCUGAAGAAUCUGCAAGGCGGAUACCUCAGCCUCCAGAGAUUCCAUCGCAGAUCGGACGGCGCGCAAGGAUUGUUCCUGAUUCUUCUCCUGUCGUACGUCCCAGGAACGGUCUUGUCCGACGUCGAGCUGACCAACCAAGACCUGUACGGCGUUGGGAGAGCUGUAGCAAGCCUCAACAAGAAGCUGUUGGAAUACAAAGGUCCGGUUGAUCGUCUCAAGGAGCGCGCUAACACUUGUAAGUGGUGCCUGACCAGCGUUGCUGAAGUUAAGCGGUUCAUCGACGGCGUGCCGGAUGCUGAGCAACGCUCUUUAGCGGGGUCUGUGCUGGACAGGUUCUUGCGAGAAGUCAAGCCAAUGGAAAAGACAAUGCGAAAAGGUUUAAUCCACACAGACAUGAAUCGAGGAAAUAUUCUGGCCCAGCCCAGUUUGGGACCGAUCAACGAAAAGCUCGGCACGAAUGACGUCAAGCCAACCAUCCACCAAUCGGUGAGCCACAUUGUCAGUGGUAUCAUCGACUUCAAUGACAUGGCACUUGAGUGUCUGGUAUACGACGUGGCGGGAAGCCUGAUGGACAUAAUGCUCGGCUGUAAAGACAAGCAGCCGCUGGUGGCCGGCGGUCAUUUCCUCGCUGGUUACACCUCCGUGGUGCAGCUAACCCGUAUGGAGUGGCAGUCCCUGUAUGUGUCUACGGCAGCCCGUCUGGUCCAGAUAUUGGUCUUGUCGCUGGAUGAUUUCCGCCAAUCAAACCAGUCCAACGAAUACAUCAUGCGCUUUGAGCGAGCUGGAGGCUGGGAAAUGCUGAAGGAAUUAUGGGAAACGCCACAGCAAAAGGUGGAAGCAUUAUGGGAAGAAUUAUCCAUCAACCGACACUGACACAAUUUCACCGGAUUUUUGUUUUGGGGAUGGUUGUCCGAGUAGAUAAAUGUUAAGGAAAACUUUUAGGUCAUCACAUUCACCGGGUGU